CAACAAACAAGAAUGUCCGAAAUGCAACGAUCAAUGGAGUACCCUCCAUCAUCAAGCCAGGCAAUGCCAAUGGAGAGCGCUGGUGAUUCUCAGGCAAUGUACGAGAAGGAGCAAAACCUUCUCCGUUGGGAGGAGGAGUUGAGAGGCCGUGAGAGAAACUUGAAUAGCAUGGCUGGCAGUGCUGCACCCAAUGCCAACUCAAUGAACAUGGGUACCGGUGCCUACCCCAAUGCAAAUGUUGCCUCAGCUGCCACAUCAUCAGAACUUCUUGGCUCUAGAUUCUCCAAGUACCCAAUUGCUCUCUUUGGAUGGACAACAAUCUGUUUGAUUUGGAACUUUGUUUGUGGUAUUGCAGUUAUAGUUUACAGUGCCGUCAGUGAUUUCUUCAUUACCCUGUUCUUCAUGUUGGUUGGUAUUCCAAUUGCAUGGUUCCUCACUAGAAGAUUGAAUAGAGCCAUCCACAAUGGAAAGGCCAAGACACACUACUCUGCCAUCCUAGCCUUGACUGGAAUGUUAUUGUUCAGUCUUAUGUUUGCUCUUGGUUUCAAGUACUCUGGAAUGCACGGUCUCAUCUGGAUGAUUUCCCUCUUCCACAACCACCACAAGGCCGUCGGUGGUCUCCACGUCAUCUCCCUCUUCUUCUGGGUUGUCAACUGUGUUUUGAUCUGUGGUGGUAUCUUCAAGCUCCUUAGAUUCGCCAACGUCAACAAGAACCGUGGCACCAACAACCUCGGUUUCCGUGGCUACCUUGGAAGCAGAUAA